AUGAACAGGAGGCUCAGAACCAAGAUAUCCGAACUCAACAAGGAGAUCGAAACGCAUGCCAAGAAGCUCGCCGCGCAGCAGUGGGAUGAGGCUGUCCACAACCGCGGUGCCCCAUUGACGAACUGCUGCGGCUUUGUUGACGGCACAGCGAGGCCUAUCUACCGUCGGUCUGUCGACCAGAGGUCGUACUUCUCGAGUCACAAGCGAGCCUACGCGCUAAAAUAUCAGGCCGUCAUGGGUGCCAUCGGUAUUGUGACUGGGGGGGCGGCCGCCCCCCUGGCUCCCCCGCCCCGUGCGGGUGCCUAUGCCUGCGGAGGUGCUACCCUCACCGAGCAGCAACAGCUGUUCAAUCGGCAUGAGCACGAUUUGACAGCCCUUGAGUGGGGGCUUGGCAAGGUCGUAGCGGAGUUCGCGUUCGUGGAUUUCAAGAACAAUCGGAAGAUUCUCCUUCAAAAUAUUGGCCAGAUGUACCGCGUGGCAACAACACUCACGAACUGCCACACUUGUUGCCUGCAGCAAUACAAUAAAGAAGUGCUCGCUACUACACUGCAUGCCCUGAACCUGCUGCACUCGACGGCGCUGCCCGAAUACAAGACGGCGGCCAUCAAGAAGUCCCGCUUCAUCCUUUCCCACUACGGCGCCUUCAAGACCUGCUGGGAUUGGCUAAUCCUGGUCGCCACGGUCUACGUCGCUGUCGUCGUGCCUUACAGUGCCUGCUUCGGCGAGAUGCAGAGCCACACCGUGCAGCAGCAGCAGCAACGGAUCGCCCUGAUGGCGGCGGGCCUGAACGCGAGCUCGCUGCUCGAGCAGAGCGCCGCCAACGAGACCAGCUACGGGGCGGGCGGUGGGGUCCCGGCGGGGAGUGCGCUGCCGCCGCCAGCCGCGGAGCCGCAGCUGGACGGCAACAGGACAAUCAUCUCCGACGUCAUCGUCGAGGCCAUGUUCAUCAUCGACAUCGGCCUCAACUUCCGCACGACCUUCGUGAACAAGAAGGGCGAGGUGGUGGCCAAGCCCAAGUCCGUGGCCCUCAACUACCUGCGCGGCUGGUUCAUCGUCGACCUGCUGGCCGCGCUGCCCUUCGACUUGCUCAACGCCGCUGGACUGUACAGCAGGGACAACCAGAUGUACCUGCACCUAUUGAAACUGACGCGGCUGCUACGACUCGCGCGGCUGCUGCAAAAGAUGGACCGAUACUCGCAGUACAGCGUGGUGGUCCUCACACUUCUCAUGCUCAUGUUCACGCUCGUCUCGCACUGGCUCGCAUGCAUAUGGUUUGUCAUCGCCGUCCAGGAGAUGGAGUCAUACCCAAACAACAACAUCAGUUGGUUGAACCAGCUCUCUAUGAAGUUGCAAUACGACGUGCUGCGACCCCUCGACAUGGCCGCCACGUACAUCACGGCGCUCUACUUCACCACGAGCUCGCUCACCAGCGUGGGCUUCGGGAACGUAGCGGCCAACACAAAUGCCGAGAAGGUGUUCUCCAUCCUAACCAUGCUCAUAGGAGCGCUGAUGCACGCCGUGGUGUUUGGGAACGUGACGGCCAUCAUCCAGCGCAUGUAUGCGCGGCGGUCGCUGUAUCAGACCAAACUGCGGGACCUGAAGGACUUCUUUCGACUCCAUCAGCUCCCCAAGCAGCUGCGGCAGCGCAUGAUGGACUUCUUCCAGACCACCUGGUCGCUCAACAACGGCAUCGACCCGAGUGACGUUCUACGCGAAUUCCCCGACGAGCUGCUCGGUGACGUGUCCAUGCACCUGCACAAGGAAAUACUCUCGCUGCCCAUCUUCGAGCCGGCGCCGCAGGGGUGCCUCAAGCUCCUGUCGCGACACGUGCGCAGCAACUUCUGCGCACCAGGAGAGUAUCUGGUGCACAAGGGCGACGCACUUUCCUACAUACACCUCGUCUGCAACGGAUCCAUGGAGGUGCUCCAGGAGAGCAUGGUCGUAGCCAUCUUAGGCAAGGGGGACCUUGUGGGCAGCGACAUUUCAUUGACGGCCGGCACGGAGACCGUCAUGAAGUCAAGCAGCGACGUCAAGGCCCUGACCUACUGCGACCUCAAGUGCCUUUUCAUCCCGGGCCUGGUCGAAGUGCUCAAGCUAUACCCGGAGUUCGCGGAAAGCUUCUGCCACGACAUCGUGCACGACCUCACCUACAACCUCAGGGAGGGCUACGAGAAUGAGGCGGAAGAAGCGAACGGCGUGUGCUCGCUAACCCUGCCGUCGAUAUCGGAGGACGACGAGGAGACGGGCAGCGAAGAGACGGCGCCGGGCUCUCCGGUGUCCAACGGCCAGGAGACCGGCGCCAAGCUCAAGGAGGACUCGUGGGAGCCGCCCGUGACCACGGUGCCCAGCCGCACGCCUGCGCCGCAGGCGCCUCCAGUGCCCGCGGCUGGCCGCACCGAAGCGGCGCCCUUCGCCAGGCGCACGUCGGCCCUGAGCUCGCCCUUUCGCACACCCACAUCCAUAGCGAUGGAAAAGCUGAGGCCCGUCGCCACAUUGCCGCAUCUAGGCCGCUCCGUGGAGCUAUUCGAGCUUCGCGACGAGAUGGAGCAGCUCCGGGGCAGCGUGGAACGGCUGGACGCGCAGCUCAAGAGUGUCUCCCAAGACGUGGGUGGCCUGACGCAGGAGCUGCGCGCCAGCGCCCGGCUCCUUCAGCAGCUGUGCAGCGGGUGCGUACAGCUAGCGACGCGGUCGCCCGGCACACCGCCCGGAGGUGUCAAGCUGCCGCCGACUCAGCAACAGCAGCAGCAUCAGACGCCGCUGGGGUCGCCCAACGGCCUGCUGCAGAGCCCGCCGCCUUUCAGCGCGACUACGCCGCAGUCUCAGCUACGCGUGUCGCACCAGGGCUCUCAGACGGACUGCAGCCUAUUGGAAGAGAUGCUCAUCAAGAUGGCCGACUCGGGCUCGCCUCCCCCGAACUCGGGCUACUCCUCGGGCUCGUCCAACGAGGAGAGGGUCAAGUUCAUCAUCGGGCAUCCGUCGCCGCGCCGCUGCAUCGCUUCGUCGUCAGAGGACAGUGCUCUGCUCAGUGUGUCCAGGGACCAUCUCGUGCCGUCUACCACUCUGUCCUCGCGCUCCUGGCAAGUGUCUACCGAGUUCUCGGAAGUGCCGGCGUCUCCCGGGAGACCCGAUCACGUCAUCGAUGUGGAAGAAUCGCUGCGCCGGAGGCUCUCGACUGAACUGUAGCCAGUGUUAUGCGAACGUAUGCUGUCCUUCACCACCCGUCCAGCUCUAGUCAGUGGGGACCGCGCUUACGCGGCUGCUCUGGCCGCUCGCGCGGGCCCUGUCAUACGAGUCUGACUGGCUUGUAUGGUUUCUCGGAGAGAUUCUGUCGGGAAACAAUCAACCGGACCACACUCGAAGAAGAUCUCAGCUCUGCGCAUAGUGCAGGAGCCGCAGCCCCCGCUUGGGCUGCCGUACCUAUUUUCAGUGACCGACGAUGCUUUAACCUUAGAUGCAGAUCACGCCUGCAGGUAUCUCGCUUCGUUCCAGUUUGAGCAAGAGAAAGACAAAGUGCGACAUCGCACGAGUUUUGUGGCAUCGCGGAGUUUUCGCGACGUUCAGCCCCGCCGCACUUACUAGCACUAAGACAACGGCUCAUCUCCGAGAGCAUCACUGCUGCUUCCCGCAAGAGACCAAGGCGACACGCAUUUGCAUUUAGUUGCUCGGCACCACCAGAGACAGCUUUCAUUGACAUUUUUGUUUUUUAUCAUUGCAACAUUACUGCUAACAGCUCACGCACGUCGAAGCAGGGUGCGCCUUUGUUUUGCGUCGCAGCUAGUGCGAGUGUUCCUCCACUCUUGCUCCAGUACUAACGGCCCACUUGCUCAUUUCAUCACACGGCAAACAACUGCGUCACGAUCGCGAUGGCAAGACCGGAGCGCUGGGCCUCUCAAGUCCCGCGGUGACUUCAGUGUGCGCGUGUGCUCUGUGGGUCUCAAGCGCGGCCGAUACAUCCGCAGAGAACUACUCGAACGCUUGUUUCGCUUCAAGGCUGCUUCCGCUGCUGACCGUUCCCGCGUAGAGCAUCGCACCGACGCUGCGUAUGGCACGGGCAUUCGAGGUCUUCGCCCGCCUACGCCUACGCUGCAUAGUAGACUGCUGUGAACUCCCCGCACCAUGCAUGACCCUGCUGUAAAUACACGCGAUAGUGUUUGCAGAGCGAAGGAGAGAUUGGACAGAAAAAGACUUCCACGAACUUGCCUGCUUCGUUCUAUUCACCCUGUGUCUGCCCGUACUGGCGGGUUUCGAGGUAUUUGUUUCACAUAUGCUGGAGAGUUAAGUUAUCGGGUAAGCCGGCAUGUGACGCUGGCGGUCAGCAAUAUACUGGGUCGGUCACAGAAGAAGUGUCGUUUAUUUUGUAAUAUGCAAAUCGAAUAUUCGUUUGGUUGUUCUUUUUAUUUGCCUCCUUUAGUGUUGCGCUCGUGUGCCAUUACAAAUGUCUGCUGUUGUGACCGCUUCCUUUGACGUCGUUAUUUUGGCACAUAUAUGGCUUGACUCUCUUUCUUUUUCAGAGACCCAGUCUCAUAACACGAAGCUUCUACGACAUCACCGAAACGAACCGUUAGCUGGCUGUCAUGUAGCAAUGGACACUCCGGCAACAAAAUGCGGACGAGUUACCAUCAUACAAAAUAGUAAAUAGAAUGCAGAGUCCUUGCUUUCCAACUUGGUUCUUUCUUUAUACUUCGUUUCUGGACCUGAAAAAUAGUUCUUACACCAGCAAAUCAGAAUUCUAAGCGGUCGUUAACUUGAGAAAACAUGCCAGUAUUGAAUUUAACGUAGUUACGUCUGAAAAACAGCUGUGCUUGAUCUAGCAGUAGGUAAGCGCUUUGUCCAGAAUUUCCUACUAGUACUGCCAGAGGCGCUGAAAAUAGUGAGAAAAAACUUCAGAUAUACAUUCCUCAUGCUCUUAGAAGAACCCGCGACCUACUAUGCGCGUCUCACCUUGAGCAUGGUAGAUGAUCAAGCGUAAGAACAGCGUGAAGUUAAUUAUCAUAAGAUGCCUCGACGGACGUAGUUGCGAUGAUGGACUCUGAUGCGAACAGCUGAAGAAAGCGUGUUUACUGAAACUGAGUGUCUCCUCUGCACUUGAAAAGAAAUCACUGAAUGAGAAACGAUGGAUCAGGGUCGGUAGACAUAACAGUAAACAAUAGAUUUCCAAAAUCUCACGCUAUGUCUGAGUGGCGUGUGUGAUUGCACGUGAGACCUUUGUUCUUAAAGCUAUCAGCACGCGGUUAAUCACCAGCAGAAUUAACCUGUACUUCCAAAGUGAAUACGAAGAUGAACAAGCUCCAAAAAAAUUUUCUAUCAGUGCUCAUGCCACUAAAUCAUCUUGCUUUGACUUUUAAAAUACACCAAAGAGAAAUAUUAGAUGCAUAAAUGAACGUGUCAGCACGAGCAUAACAAAUCUGCAAUCGUCGAACAUCUAUUAUUUGUUACUAUGUCUUCCGAAAUCUCUAAUUCUUCGAGCAUGCGUUUUUAGUUGCUUGUCACACUCAAACAAUGCUCCGUCGCUUCACACAACAAAAGGCAGAAACCUACAGCAGUUUUUUUUUUUGCAUGAAUGUUUAGAGGGCGUGAGUUCCAUAUGCUUGCGAAUAUGGAACAUAUGGGGAGGGAGGGGGAAGUUAAUUAAAUUCAAGCUGUAUCUCGACAACUGGGCUUCAGGAAACCAUGUUCACUUCAGAUAUGUGGUUUCUGUAAUCAAAGCGUGGUAAGCGUUACAUAAACAGUAAACUUGGACUGGACCAAAACAAACGUAUAUUAUGCUUCAAAAGUUCCAGAGGUACUGCACGGAUGAGGAAAGUUGCCUCCGGAUACCCUGACGGUGCUCUUGUAAGGGCCCGCUCACGCUAGCGGCAAGCCCGCCGCGACGGCACGGCGCCGCAGAACGUCCGCCGUCGCCGCACGCGCGAGAGCUGUCCAACUUGCACGGCAAGCUUCGCCGGCGAGCCUCCGGAAAACAUGGCCGCACUGCCAAAAGCAGUUGUCGUCCACUUCGAAUCUAUCAAGUGGCCGCCGUGCGCUCUGUAGCGUGUAAGCUCCGAACUGAUGCUUCCAUUUGCUUUAGAUUCAUGUCCUUAAGCUUCGACAGCAAAGUAUUCAUGCCGAUUCGGCCCCGUUUUUGAGAGCCGUACUCAAAUAAUCAAUGCUGUAGGCUUAGCGAGUCGAGAUGGGCGCUUCCCAAUGCUCGGAGGACAUAGAUUCGGCGUUUGUUAGUUGUUUCUAAUCCUCCAUAGCUGGCGCCACUUGACCUGGCGCCUGCUUAGGGACAUUUUAUUUGGUUUUACGCGACGCUUUCUUUAAUGCCGGGCAGAUUAAAACGCUCUGUUGACUGCUGGAACCAUGCCUGGCCUCGACACGGACGACAUCCGAACUUCCAGCGUGAAAAACGUGGAGCAGAAAGCAAGCAGCUCGAAGCGUCGUGCGGCAGACGCGCACGACGCAGAAAGCCGAAAGCAGACGACGCGGCCAGACGCGGCGCGCCGUAGUCAUGGCAACCGCUCCUCCGUCGUUGAUUGGCCACGUCGCUCUGCGGCAGACGGAGGACGGCGAGAAAAUGGGUCUCGGACCUAUUCUUCGAGCGGCAAAGAACGGCUGACGUGCGCGAACGAAAUCGCUUGCGCACGGCAGCCUGAGAACGUCAAACGGCGAGCUGCCGUGCCGCUAGCGUGAGCGGGCCCUAACACAAAUCUUAGCUCAUAGCAUCAUGAUAAAUUACGUCGUACUUUGCAGGUAUACUUACCUUCAUUUCUGUUCAUAUAUUAUGUAUAGUUAGUAAACAAAACCCGAAUUAUAAGGCACAAGCCCUGUCCGGAUUUCUUUUUUUUUUGUGCUCUGCCCUGCCUCCACUUGCAAAACUAAGCUAGCCCAAAUGAAAAUUUUAUUGCCCAUAAAGCGCCUGCAACACCAUGUUUUCAAUCAUUUACUGAACUGAGGAUAGCAUCUAAGUACUUAGUUGAGAGAGGUACAAGUACGCUCUCAGGAAAAAUAAGGCUUCUUUCAAAUUUCCAUAUAGAGAGCUCGUCUUUAUAUUUGCAUAGCUCCGGCCACGUACGCAGUGGCUAUGAAACAUCUGUGAAAUACUGUACACGACAAGAACUCGAGUGCUGUUCUUUUCUGUACACCAAUGCUUUUGACAACGCAAACUCGGGCUAUCCUCAUACAUGGUUCCCUAAAGGGGCCCUGCAACAAUUUUCCAAGUAAUUGUCUAAUGGCUUCCUUAAAAUAGAUUUUCGCCUCACGAAUUGACUGCCGCAAAAAUGUUUAGAAUCCGUCAAGUACGAGCGGAGUUACAGGGAUUUGCCGCACGCUUUAAGCGCUUUCUCUCUCCACUCGUACCAGCGAGCGCGCUGAAAGCUACGCAGGGAGGGGGGUGACAAGGGAGCAAGAUGAUGCGUCCCUUCGUCAGCGCGCGUCAUGGCCUUGAGCACUUUCUUUUCUUUUUUUUCUUUAGAACGCGCGGCUUACUUUCAGUGUGAUCUGGAGCGGGCACGUGGCGGCAUCCCGCGGCGGCCACGGUAACUACGCAGCUCACGAGGCUCAAAUCAGCCAACGGUCGUGGACAUUGGGUAUACGGCGCAGUAAUUUGGGUAUACGGCAUCAUUUGUGGAGAGAAGAGGGAGCGAUUUCUAGCUGACUUUGAGAAUUAAUUGUAAAUUCCAGGCCGCGCGUUGCGCUGUAACGUUUGGCUCGUGUGUUCUCAGGAGCCUCGACUACCGAUCGGCAGCGUUUACUGACCAUGCUGAAAAAAUUUUGCAGGGCCCCUUUAAGUAUAAUUACCGGCGUAGGCGGUCUGGUUAACUAGAUACACAUUGUAGCAGCUCAUGAACGUGUAACAUGAAACGCUGAUACAUGAACAGCCAAACGUUUCGAGUACACUAGCGGAUAGUCGCGAAGGUGCGUGUUCGAUAGCCUCUUUUUUUACUUAUCUCUUUCUAUCUUUCUUUCGUUUUCUAGUAUUUUACUGCUCAUAUCAGUUCCUGGCAGUUGCAAUUAUCCCGACAUCAACGGCAACACUGAGACGAGCAUUUCCAUGUGGGCUCCGAGUAAUGGUGUUCGACAAGUAAUCUUCAAGUCGUCUCUCUCCCCUUUUCCUUUCACACUUCUUCCUCUAGCACCAUUACGCUUAUUUUGGUUACAUCUAUUCUUAUCACUGCGCGUCAUGAUCGCUUCAAUUUAGAUUAGUCUACGUUUGCUUCCUUCGAGGAAGACGCAACGCGGCGUGAUGCCACGCGUCGAGAUGCUCUUUGGCAACACGCUUCUGACAGCGCGCAAAAUCGCAGGCUGCACGCGAUAUGUAUCUAUGAGGUCAAGUAAUUUAUUCGAUCUAUGUGGUCAGCUGCUAUGAGGUCUAAUUUUUCAAGGAUCUAUGAGAUCAGCUGCUAUGGGGUAAAGUAAUUUCUAUAAGAUAUUAUCUUUAUUAUCUGUAAUUUCGGACCCAACUCGAGUGAAUUUUGAUUAAUCAAACGAAAAGGGCGCUUCCUGUCCGCAUGCAGUGAUAGCUUUUCAUUUCGGUUCAGCUUACCACCAUCCUGCGAAUAUAAUCUCUACAAUACGUGUGAAUGCGUGGGGCCGCUUGUUGAAUGCAUGGUGUGCACGGGGUGCGCAACGUGUCUCAAACUACGGUAUACACGGUCCAGUGAUACCCGCAAUAAAACGUUGUUCGGUCCUCAAGCUCAGCUUACAAGCCUGUCUGUAGAGCUCUUGUGAGACGACCCUGAACGUUCUCAUUAGGCGGCCCGGCGCUGCGACACAGAGAGCUGUAUAAAAAAAAACGUAUAUACUUUGAACGCGAUGCGACGGAGGAAGUGCGUACCGAUACACAUACACGUUAAACAUCUGACACAAGUGGCAAGAGUUGGAGACCGGCGUGCCUACAUCUUGGAAAAAGUCUUUGGAAUGCUGCAAGUACGUGAUUGACGUAACAAGACGUCGUUAUGUUCUCGCUUAUACUCACGUUUUUCGCUCUAUUUCUUUCGGUGAAGAUGUCACAGCAUGUCGGUUAUUUGUUCCUCUUGAAAUUUGUUUUCAAUGCCGUUUCAUCAUAAACUUUUCUUCCUCUGUACAUAGACCGUCCGUUUUGCCUCGUCGUUUAUACAGUUUUAAAGAUCUCCUUAUAUAGCUUCACGAUCCAUGUCGAGAGCACAAUUUGUUUUAUUCUUCUUUUCAUAGUCCAGUUAUCCUCUUGAAUCUUCUACUUAGUGUUACCCCUUUCCUCUUUCUUCAUCUUCUUACUCCUUCAUGACGAACGAGCGGCGCGGGAGAGCACCACAAUGCAGACGAUUUGUACGCGUCGGUUUAUCUUGCAAAUAAAACGUUCGAGAAACCA